AACUAUUAAAAAUCAUAUUAUUUAUUAGAAAAUUUGCAAUGGCAUUUGUUGGUAAAAAUCAUCCGAGAAUACAACAAGAAUUCGAACGAUAUUUCGAAAAGCAAAAGAUAGAAGAGCAAUGUACUGAACAAUCUUUGAUGCGUUUACAUAAUGCUUUUCUGGCGACAGAAAAUGAGGAAAUGGAUUUUUCUCAACUGUAUGACGCUUUUCAAGACAUCCUCGAGAUAAAAAUACCACAGGACGAGUUUCAAGUUCUUUUCAACAAAAUAAAAUCCAAUGGUAAAAUAACGUGGAACAAAUUCAUCUCCUAUUUACUGAUAGAAUUUCAAGACAUAGAUACCACUGUGAAAUCACAGAUGUUGGAAGCACCUUUAAUGGAUCCACCAAAAUUAUUAAGAACGCGUCAUCGCACUUCUGUAUGCAGAAUCACAUUUUGUCCGGAAGUUUUACCGGACAGAAGUACGAGUUUUCGCAGAGGUUGUUAUCUGACCGUAAGCCGAGAAGGAGUGAUUAAUUACUGGUCGUUAGAUCUUGAAUACGAGCGCACUGUACAAUCCAAGAAUCCAUAUUUAAAGGUGCAAUCCACUGCAAUAACUGACAUGAUUGUGCUGCCGGAUGUUCAGAUAGUGUGCACGAGUUCGACGGAAUGUGAUUUGAGAUUUUAUGACACAGCAGCGAAAAAAUUUGAUCUUCGCGUAUUGAUAUCUAGUUUGGAGAAUGCAGUAGUUUGUAUGCACUAUUACUUCAAUGCAAACAUUAAGGAGAAUUCCUAUAUCGUCCUGGGUGAUACAAGUGGAUCUGUCACAAUCGUGUCCUUUAAUCCUACGGAUAGGGGACCUUUCAAACAGCACACCACUCGCGAUGUAAUUAUUUUUCGUUACGACGACAUCAUGAAGGGAGAGCUGCAAGGCUUUGAAAUCACGGAGAGAUUUAAGAACAUACACACGAACUGGACUAGCCAAGUUGCUUAUUACGGGAGCUUGCGAGUCUUCGUAUCGAGCAGUCAAUGCGGUGAAUGUUCUUUAUGUGUCUUCGAUGCGACCGGAACGAAGUUGCAAUACAAAUUCCAAGUUCCCAUGGGAAUAUCCUGCUUUGCGCUUUGCGAAGCGAGUCACACGCUAGUAACGGGUGGACCGGACUGUAUGAUCCGCAUUUGGAAUCCAUUUGUUCCUGGGAAGGCGAACGCAGUAUUUCCUGGACAUCGUUCAACUAUCUGCGCACUUGUCGUGAUAGACGCAGGCAAGCGUAUUUAUUCCUUGUCGAAGGACAGAUGCAUAAAAGUGUGGGACGUCCCGGCUCAAAAUUGCAUUCAGACAUACAAUAAAUUACCCAGAGAGCUGAGCGAAUAUGCUCCGAUGACCAUAGUAUUCAACACGCUGACCCGUACGAUGAUCAUUGCGAGUAUGAUGAUAGCCAUUCUCGUUUGCGAGCACGUAAUUAACGAGGAAACUUCGGAUGGCUACACACACAUCAAAGGUGUUAGCUGCGUUCUUUACAAUCAGCUUUUUCACGUGAUUAUUUCUACGGGAUUGGAUUCGUGUAUCAUCGUUUGGCAUCCUUGGUCCGGACGCCGCGUACGUCUGAUAAAACACGCUCAUAGUAUUUUUCGAUACGGACAAUAUGUUGAUGUCGAGAUCACGGCGGCCUGCUUCGACGAAUCCGAGCAAUUUUUAAUUACCGGCGCUAGAGAUGGAUCACUGAAAAUAUGGAAUUUUAAUACAGGUGUCUGUAUGCGCAACAUGAUGGUCGACUAUCAAUGCGAAAUAACCAGUAUUGUAUGGUACGAAAAUCGAAUCCUGUGCUGCAGCUGGAACAAACACGUUACAGAAUUGGCGGCUUUCGAGUCUGACAUAUGCAAAAAGAAUUGGACGACCAGUCACACCGACGAUAUUCUGUGCUCGGCUGUGAGAUUCCCUCAGCUGUUAGCUACCGGAACUUAUAAUGGAGAACUGAUUCUUUGGAGACUUGAAACGGGUCAGCCUUUUAGAAAAUAUCAAGUGGUUGAUGUUAGCAGGCAUAUUGUAAGGAAGGAGACAGAUGCACAGAAAGCGUUUAUACAAUCCAAUGAGAUCGACAAGCCUAUAAAUCAGCAAAUUAAUAAAUUGACUCCGUGCGCCCAUCAAGAAUCAGCAUUAAAUAUAAUUCGCGUGAUUGCGGUACGCGCGAUAAUUUUCUUGACCGCGCGAGAAGCAAAAUCAAAUGUCGGAACGCUCUUAGUCGCCCUCGAUUCUGGCUUGGUACAAGUGUGGACACAUCAUCCAGCGGCAGGAUUUUUAGGAGCCUUUACGGUCAUCCAUAUUAUGGGUGAUUGUGCGAUAUCGUUGGCUACUGAUCCUGAAAAUCAGUUUCUCGUAACAGGACACAGCAUAGGCUAUAUAAAAGUUUGGCUCCUUUCGAAUUACAUGCUACCAAAUCCGCCGAAGGUGUGCAUGCCUCUAUUAAGAUUGGAAUUUCCGUUCUUGUGGAAAGAUAGGAUAAACGGAAGAGCGAAGAGAGCAGUGCGAAAACAGGCACUGCCACUUCUGCUGUCGUCUGUACGCGGUCAUAUGCAGGGAAUCACGUCUCUUCAACUUAUUUAUAGCGCGCGAAUAAUAGUUAGCGGUAGCGCGGAUCGUACAGUACGUUUGUGGAGUUUCGGUGGUCGUUACAUAUCAACCCUAGGCACCUUCAGAAAUUGGAUUCCGAUUUUGCCCACUAUACCUGUACAGAAAUAUUUCGAGGAUUAUAAGCUUCCAGCGGAUGUCAAGCGAUUCGCCAGUUUUACUACUUUGAAGGUACUUCACGGUGGUAUGAGACGAAUUCAAACGGAGAUCAAGGAAGAGAUUGAUAUCUCGAAAGAAAUUCUCGAAGAGCGACACAUGUUAUAUGGAAAGCAAUUAGACAAUUCUAUGAUUGAGAAUUAUUAUAAAUUACAAUUACCUAGCAAAACGUAUCAAGAAAACAUCAGAUUAGACAAUACUUUGCCAUAUAUACCAAUUUACACACAUAUACCAACAUAUUCUUUGAAACCUGUAGAGGCACAAAAAACACUCUUACUUGGACAGAAAAUGGAACUUACUAAAAAAGUAUACUUAAGAAGAGCAAUGAAACCACUACGUUUGCCUACUAAGAAAAUUUCUGCCAACUAAUUUUAUCGCAACAUUGAUUCCUCGUAAUGAAAACUUGUAAAAUUCAAAAUUUUAGUGAAAUAAUAUAUAUUUUACGCAAAUUCAGUAAUUUAAAUCAUUAUUCGACACGUUCGAAUUCAGAUAUUUAGUAUUAUUCAGACUUGCAACUGUAUACAAAUAAUUUUUAAUACACUCGUGUAUUAAUUACAUUGACUAUAUAUUACAGACUUUAAUUUCUCUUUAUCGAAUACAAUAUAUAUAAUAAUUGAUGUAUAAAUAAGUAAUGGAAAUUACGAGUUAUCAAAUUAAACAUCAGGAUAAACAAUUUGCCCUCAUGUUUUUUACAUACAUGCAAAAAAAUUAAAUAUUACCUAUGUGCUGCAUGCACAUGAUAAUGGCUAUUAUUGUUCGGUACAUAAAAAUUUAUAAGUGUAACAUUAAAUUUAAUUAUAUAUUUUAGUCUGUUUCCAUCAUGGAAAUACGUGGCGGUGUUUUCCAGAUUGCACUAGAUGUACGUUUCAAUCGACUUCUAUCAAUACCAUGGAAUAAUUCAGUUAAAUCUGGCGUACAUUUACGAGUAUCGAAGAACUUAUAGAUAAAUUCCUGUGCAAUAUAUCGUUGCAUCGCAAGUUCCGCUUUACGAACGUCUGCUGCAAGUUUUAAAAAAAUAUAUAUACACAUAUGUUUUAUACAUCUUACAAAUAUAUACACAUUGUGUUUUUAUUUUAACAUUAAAGUAAAAUAUCAAGAAAAUACAUACACUUUGCCCAA